AUGGAAAAUAACAAUCUGGGCAGAGAGUUUUUGAAUGCUGUAGAUCAGGCGAUGGGAGUUGAUUAUCAGGCCAACCGACGUUAUCCACAAGAUGGGAAUACAAGAGGCGUUCCAGUGCAUCCGCCUUCGCGUAAUUAUGUGACAGUCAAUAUAAAUGCCAGCGGAGGAUCUCAGCAACAAAGAUACAAUAGCCAGCCGUCUACAUCAGGCUUUCAAAGCAGCCAGAAUCAAUUUCAAAACCCAGGAGCUUUUAAUCAACAGCAACUGUACCCUACUGGUAUGAUGCCGCAGAACCAACCUAUUCCAGGGAAAGCUACAAAUGCUCUUCAACCUCUUCGACCUCUUCAACCGGGAUCAUUCUAUCGCAUGAAAAUGAAGGAACUACUAGGGAAAAUACAAGCUCUUAGUGGAAACAAAUACCUUCACCAAGAUCCAGAGCAAAUUGCUUACAUCCAGUAUGGACUAAGUAACACAGGAGACGCGGCAAAAAUGUAG